AUUUACAAGUACUGCAGAGUGUAAAGGAUCAUGUCUAAACAUUAUGCAAAUACAUACAGUUAUAAAAGUUAUCGAGCAGCUGUGGCGCAGUGGUAGUGCACUUGCCUCAGAAGCAAAGAUCUGUGGUUCAAACCCUACCUCUGGGCAAGUUUUGCGACAUCGGUUAGGAAGGAGGCAUAAACUUCUAAUUAAAUGCUCAUCUGCGGUGCUCUGUGAUAAGACCUGAAUUAUCCUGAUGGAUGGAUACAUUCUAAGCAACCAACAUUUACAAAUGAUCCAUUCAAAUUUAAAGAAUAUUCAGUUGCAGCCGAUAGUCAGCUUUGCUCUAAAAUUGGAGCAGACAUUAUAAAAAAAGGUGGCAAUGCAGCAGAUGCAGUUGUUACCAGUCAUUGUUGCACUGAGGUUGUUAAUAGUCAAUCAACUGGACUGGGUGGAGGAGGAAAUAUUGUUUACUAUGAUAAAUCUACAAACUGCUUGGUCAUAUGAUUUUAGAGAAACUGUUCCACUACGUUAUUCUCAAAACAGGGAUAGUUAUUCUAACAUGCCAGGAGAUAAAGUAUUAGUACCUGGUGUUCUUAAAGGGCUGUACACUCUCUGGAAGGAUUUUGGUAGUAAAAAUAUAUCAUGGUCAGAGUUAUGGAAGCCAUGCAUAGAUCUAGCCACAGAUGGUAUUCAAGUUGGAGCUGCACUUAACAAUGCAAUUCUGAAAAAGAUUGAAUAUUUUGAUGCACCAGGGAUGCUGAGCAACACAUUUAAACCUGGUGGAAAUAUUCUACGGUUCAAUGAUACUUUAAAAAGGUUGACCUUAGCAAGAACAUAUUCAAGAAUUGCUCAAUCAGGAAACGAUGAAGAUUUUUAUAGAGGUGCAAUGGCUUAUGAUAUUGUUUGGGAUAUUCAAGAAGCUGGUGGUACUAUCACUCUUGAAGAUUUGUAUCAUUACAAAGUAAGAAUAAGUAAGCCUACCAAAGUUGAAAUAAAGGGAUUAUUUAUGCAUUCUUCUCCUCCGCCUGGUGGUGGAUCAUUGGUUUCACUGGCUUUAAAAAUUAUCGACUUUUUUAAUUGGACAGCAGCUGAUAGAUUUGCCAAUCCAGGAUUAAUUUAUCACUAUAUCAUUGAGGCUUUGAAGUUUUCUUAUGCACCUAACACUUUUAUUCAAGAUCCUUUUUUUGAAAUGUAUUCGAAUCAGGUAUCCUCUUAUAUGUUGGAUCCAGAAGUGGCAUUUGAAAAACAACGCCGGAUUGAUAUGACAUCGCAUAAAUCAUCUUACUAUAUGCCAUACAAUAUAGCAUUAAACUCUGAACCUGGUGGCACCACUCAUAUAUCCAUCAUAGAUAAAAGUGGUAAUGCCGUUUCUUGUACUUCUUCAUUAAAUGGAAACUUUGGAUCUGGUUUGAUGUCUAGUCGUCUUGGUAUAAUUUAUAAUGACCACAUGAAAGAUUUUCAUAAAACAUGGAGGAGUGUUUACAGUAUCAAUGAUGAUAAAAAGUUUCCUGGAAAAAGGCCAAUGUCUAGAUUGUCUCCAAUAAUUUUUACUGAUAGCAACUCGGAUGUUGUAGGAGUUUUGGGUGCGGCUGGUGGUCCUUUUAUUCCAACUGCUUUAAUACAGGUUAUCAUAAAUUGGUUAUAUUUUGGAGACAAUAUCAAAGAAUCCAUUAGUUUGCCACGCUUACAUUGUCAGUUGUUUCCAAAGAAAAUUAUUGUAGAAAAAACUUUUCCAGAUAGUUUGAUACAAAAAAUACAAUUUUAUCAGAAAGAACGAUUCACAAAUUCAACAGCAAGCAGCAGUUCUUUACAGGAAGUUCCUGACGAUAUAAUGGGUGUUGUUCAAGCUAUCGUUAGACUAAAGGAUGGAACGUUGAAUGCCCAUUGUGAUUACCGUAAAGACGGUCAACCUGCUGGAGAAUAACAUUCACGACUAACAGCAUAUUUUUCGUUAGACUAAAAUAAGAAAAAAAUGCCCAUUGUGAUUACCGUUAAGACUUAUAUUAAGAAUAACAUUUAUAACUAAUAGCUUACAUAAAAAUUAAAAUACGA